GUUGUGAUCGGGUGAAGAGAGGAGGGCUUUGCUUAUUCUAGUUGUUGUUCGGCCGUCCCCUAUUCCUCCUGUUUGCGGUGCCGGGCCAUGCUGCAGGGCUCACGGCACAUCCUCAGCUAUCUCCGGGCCCCCAGAUCACUCAUAGCAGGGUUUCAGAUAAACACUUACAGCAAGAUGAAUUCGGUAGAGGUGAAGCGAAUUGUAAAUGACAUUAUCAAAUCUCCAGAAGACAAGCGAGAAUAUCGUGGUCUUGAACUAACAAAUGGAAUCAAAGCAAUUCUUAUAACUGACCCAACAACUGAUAAGUCAUCUGCAGCUCUGGAUGUUCAUAUUGGAUCAAUGUCCGAUCCCCUAAAUAUUGCUGGUCUAGCACACUUCUGUGAGCACAUGUUGUUCUUGGGGACAGAGAAAUACCCUAAGGAGAAUGAGUACAGCAAGUUUCUGAGUGAGCAUGCUGGGAGCUCCAAUGCAUUUACAAGUGGAGAACACACCAAUUUCUACUUUGAUGUGUCCCAUGAGCACCUGGAGGGGGCAUUGGACAGGUUUGCUCAGUUUUUUCUGUGUCCACUCUUUGAUGAAAGCUGUAAGGAUCGAGAGGUUAAUGCUGUGGACUCUGAACAUGAGAAAAAUCUAAUGAAUGAUGGUUGGAGACUCUUUCAGCUGGACAAAGCUACAGGGAAUCCUAGUCACCCAUUCAGUAAAUUUGGGACAGGUAAUAAAUUAACCCUUGAAACAAGUCCAACCCAACAAGGAGUCGACAUACGAGAAGAAUUGCUGAAAUUCCAUUCUACGUAUUACUCAUCAAAUUUAAUGUGCCUCAGUAUACUUGGACGAGUGUAUUUUCAGUGCACUGUCCCUUUAAGAAGAACAUACACUAACAAACAACAACACAAAGGGGCUAAUAAACCACAUUCAGCCAAACAUAAACAACCCAAGAAAGUAACUUUCAGCGAAACUGAAUAUGAUUGUGAUACAUCUGAUACAGAAACACCUCAGCAACCUAUUAGUCACUCUCCAACUCAGCAAACCCUAGAAAUUCAACUCAUCGAAUUGGAUAAGAAAAACAAGCGCUCAGAUCAAAGUUUGAAUCCUGAAGAGCGAAAAGCUUUACAUGAUCUUGCUCAAGAUCAUAGUAUAGUCAUUAAAGAGUCAGAUAAGGGGUUCAUGCAAUAUUGUUGUAAUAAUGUUCCCAUGACCUUUCAAAAUAUAUAUAUAUUUUCUUUAUUUCAGUAUUAUCCACUAGAAGAAGUCCUGUCAGCUGAAUAUUUAUUUAAUGAAUUCAGGCCAGAUUUAAUAGAAAUGGUACUUGAUAACCUCAGACCUGAAAAUGUACGAGUUGCUAUAGUUUCGAAAUCAUUUGAAGGGCAGACAGAUCGCACAGAAGACUGGUAUGGAACACAGUACAAACAAGAAGAUAUCCCAAAAGAAACUUUAGAGAUAUGGCAAAAGGCUGAUCGCAAUGGAAAAUUUAAGUUGCCGACGAAGAAUGAGUUCAUUCCUACAAAUUUUGAGAUUCUACCUUUGGAAAAAGAUGCAACUCCAUACCCAUCUCUGAUUAAGGAUACAGCCAUGAGCAAGCUGUGGUUCAAGCAGGAUAAUACAUUCUUCUUCCCCAAAGCAUGUCUCAAUUUUGAAUUUUUCAGCCCAUUUGCUUAUGUGGACCCUUUGCAUAGUAACAUGGCAUGUUUGUACCUUGAACUACUUAAAGAUUCCCUGAAUGAGUAUGCAUAUGCAGCAGAACUAGCCGGGCUGACCUAUGAUCUACAAAAUACCGUCUAUGGGAUGUAUCUUUCUGUAAAAGGUUACAACGACAAGCAACAUAUCUUGUUAAAAAAGAUCAUUGAGAAAAUGGCUACAUUCGAGGUAGAUGAGAAAAGAUUUGAAAUCAUUAAAGAAGCGUACAUGAGGUCACUCAAUAACUUCCGAGCUGAACAACCUCACCAACAUGCAAUGUAUUACCUCCGCCUGUUAAUGACUGAAGUGGCUUGGACAAAAGAUGAGUUACGGGAAUCUCUAGAGGAUGUCACACUCCACCGCCUUAAAGCCUUUAUUCCUCAACUUCUGUCACGACUUCAUGUUGAAGCUCUAAUACAUGGCAAUGUCACAAAACAGGCUGCACUAGGUAUAAUGCAGGUGGUGGAGGAUACUCUUACUGAGCACGCUCUUACAAAGCCACUUCUCCCAAGUCAACUUGUCCGAUACAGAGAGGUUCAACUACCUGAUGGAGGUUGGUUUGUUUAUCAACAAAGGAAUGAAGUUCACAAUAAUUGUGGCAUAGAGAUUUAUUACCAGACCAAUAUGCAAAAUACAUCUGAGAACAUGCUUCUCGAGCUCUACUGCCAGAUCAUCUCAGAACCCUGCUUCAACACCUUGCGCACAAAGGAACAGCUAGGUUACAUUGUGUUUAGUGGCCCCCGCAGAGCAAAUGGUAUACAAGGCCUGCGAUUUAUUAUCCAGUCCGAGAAGCAACCUCAUUAUUUAGAGAGCCGUGUGGAGGCUUUUUUGAAGACUAUGGAGAAAUCCCUGGAAGAGAUGUCAGAAGAAGCCUUCCAGAAACACAUUCAGGCACUAGCAAUACGUCGUCUAGACAAGCCAAAGAAGCUGGCCUCAGAGUGUGCCAAGUACUGGGGAGAAAUCAUUUCUCAACAGUAUAAUUUUGACAGAGACAAUAUUGAAGUAUCUUAUCUGAAGACCCUGGUUAAGGAUGACAUCAUGAAGUUUUACAAGGAGAUGUUAUCAGUGGAAGCUCCAAGACGACACAAAGUGUCUGUGCAUGUUCUUGCUAGAGAGAUGGAUUCUUGUCCAGUUGUUGGAGAAUUUCCAAGCCAAAAUGACAUUAAUCUUGCUCCAGCACCAGCUCUUCCACAGCCGGAUGUUAUUAGCAAUAUGGUAGAGUUCAAGAGGAGUCUGCCGCUGUUCCCUCUUGUGAAGCCUCAUAUUAAUUUAAUGGCUGCAAAGCUAUAAUCGGUGCUGAAGUAAGAGGACGUCUGGACAAACUGCUGUUGAAGUUUAUGCUGUGGGCUUAUGAACAUGUGACAAUUGUGGUUAAAUUAGUGUGGAUUUGCAAGUAGAUAUACAUUAGGGAGAUUUUGUUUCCAUAGUGAGAAUCUCUUAUUUAGAAAUGUUUUUUUUUCAUUGUGGCACGUCAGGCAGCCAGAAGUUUUAUUACAGCCACAUUUAAAACAAAUAUCAGUUGCUGAUUUUUCUAAUGUGUGUGUAUAUAUAUCUAUAUAUAUAUAUAUAUAUAUAUAUAUAUAUAUAAUCAAGUAAACCUUUUGAUUGGCAGCAGAUGAGAGACCUUUUACAUGAGUUUUUAUAGGAACCUCUUAAAAAUAGUAAAUAAAUUAUUUGAUUGAUAGAUGAUCAAACUACAGUUAAAGUUUUCUGCUUAUUAUAUAUAUAUAUAUAUAUAUAUAUAUCUUUCUUUCUUAAAAGGACAUCAAAAACUGGUUGAUUUUCAUAAUUCAGAUUGAAGAAAAUUGGAAAGUUUAAAAGUCUAUGCUCUAUUAUCGAAUUUGCCUCAUUCUCUUGGUAUCCUUUGUUAAAAGAGCUGUAAUGCACUACUGGGCAGCUAGCUGAAUACAUUUUUGUGAGCCAAAGACAAGAGGCAUAUAUGUGAAUCAAUUAAUCAGCAGCUAGCUCCCACUAGUGCAUUGUUGCUCCUGAGGCUACCUAGAUAUGAUUUUUGACUAAGGAUUCCAAGCAAUUUAGAUAAUAAAAGUAAAUUGGGAAGUUGUAUAAAAUUGUAUUCUUUGUCUGAAACAUGAAAGUUUAAUUUUGACUUUACUGUUCCUUUAAUUUGUUGACAAACUGUGCAGCUAGGAAUAAAACAUGACAAAUGGUAGUGCAGUUUAAUAAAUACCUUUUUAAAGGGACAGUGUACUGUAAAACUGGUUUCCCCUUAAUGUGUUCCCAAAGACUUGUUAUACCAUAUAAAAUAUGAGACAUUUAUGUUUCUUUUUAUAAAUUAAAUAGCCGGAUUUGCUCUUUGAAACCAUAACCCAAUCAAAAUAGGCUAAGCUUGCAGACAGAUCAGACAUCUUUAUCUUAUCACUCAAAUGCUUUGCUUUCUUAGCUAUGUCUCUAUACAAUAAUUAUAAAAUGUUCAUCUUAUAUUGUUCUUUCUAACUGUAUCUCCGACACCCCACUGGGAGUGUAAUUUCUUCUGCUGGCUGCUUUUACAUAGCUUGUCAAUAGCCUAUACUUAAGUAUAGAAACUUUCAGUAUAGGUUGGGAUACCAGAGUCAAAAACUGUUAUUUGUAAUACCGAUAUAAAGGCAAACGAUAAACAAUUUAAUACCCAUUCCAGUAGGUAAAAUAGAUAAUUCUGAACAAAUUUAAGGGGAGAAAAAAUUAGGGUAAACUGUCCCUUUAAGUAGCUUGAUCGCAACUUAUUACAACAUUGAGACACAACAGAAUAUUUUUUUUUAUAUUAUGUAAAAUGUCCACAUAAGAAAUGGUGCUCUAACUUUGACUGUAAUCUUAAACAAUUGUGUUUCGGAUUCUUAUGAUAUAUGGAUAUGGUUUUCAGUUUUCCUUACUAUGGAUUUGUAUGCAAAAGGUUUUGGCAUAUGUUUAAUAUGUUACAAAGCUAGUACUUUGAUCUGGGAAACAGUACAUUGAAGUUUAGUAAAGGCAUCUUCUCAGCAUGCAACUAUGGGCCAUGGUGCAUUGUUGAAAUAUGCAUAGAGUCACACUUGGUAUUCCGCCGGACUACCAAAUCAGUAACCUUAAUUGACAGACUAAAGAAGAACAUAGAUUGCUGCACAUAUUAAACAAAUACCUCUUCUAAAAAUCACAAUUUGUUUUUGAAAACAGUGUCCUAAUUUAUUUGUGUUUUUAUUAUGAACUGUUUGUACCAAGUAGUCGCAUUUUAAGCAUAUCAGUGGGGUCUGAAGAAUUUAACUAUGUAAAGGGAAAUAUUACAGUUAUCAAGUGCUUCUUAUAUUCUGCAACUUCACAUAGUUUUAAUCUUUAUAAAGAUCACUUGUUUUAUACAACAUCUGAUGAAAUGCUGAACAUACAUAACAAAAGGCCAUUUUUUUUUUUCUUUUUUUUUUUUUAAAAGCAAGUAAAGAAAUAUUACUUUGUCAAUCAUUCUGUUUUCUCAGGGUUACUCUGAUUUGUCCUUUAGACUUUAUAAAUUAAACUGUUUUAUUUAAAUUAA